AUGGCUAGCACAAUUAGGUCGCUUAAAGGACUGGUAACCAAAAGAAAUGAAGCAGCCUUGCAAUGGCUACAGGAAUCUAGCCAGGUACCCCAAUCAGAGGGGGAAACUUGGGUUUGGGAAAGAGACGCAGAUACGUGUCAGAGGAACAUCGACCUCUUGGAAAAGUCUCUGCUAAACUUAACCAAGGCCUUCGAUGAAGCAACGGAAACGACAGAUGAAGAAGAAGAUCGUCUCGACAAGUACAUCGAAAGAACUCAUGCAACCAUAAUGAAACUGCACGCGCACAGGUCCUCACUGGAGAACCGAAUAAGCAGCACUUACAGAACAAGUUCCGAAACCGACAAGGAGAUAUGGGACCGUUACUGGUCUUUGGAAUCAACCGGCACAGAAGAAUUUACUGGUACACAGCAAACCGAGCUGCAGAAGAUAAACGAGAAGGUACUCCAGGACUUCAAGGAGUCGAUCGAAAAGCGAGAAGAUGGCUACUAUGUGCGUUUGCCAUGGAAAGAAGACCAUCCAGAUCUUCCGGAUAAUAAAGCACUGGCUCUCAAGAGACUGGAAAAGGUCUUGGAGAUAUACCAGAAUGACACGGAGACCUUGAAUGCAUACGACAAAACAUUCAAGGACCAGUUGGAAAAGGGAGUCAUAGAGGAGUCAUCCGAAGAAGCACUCGCGAAAUACACUCACACAAAAACGCUAUUUCGCGAGCUGAAUAUGAAUCUUCGAGAAUACCGCUCCAACGACCAGCAAUUCAACACAACAAUCGCCGAAGCGGAUAGGAUGAAAUCCAUUUGUCCAAAGGUCCUUGGAAUUCCCUGGAAUUCAGAGACGGACAAAUUUAUCAUCAGAGGAUCUAUGGUUGCUUCAAAGGAGAAGAUUACCAAACGCACCGUUACACAGCAACUAGCAUCGAUAUACGACCCAAUGGGAUUCAUAGUGCCUCUUUUGCUUCCAGCCAAAAUAUUCCUUCAGUCGCUGUGGAAGGAAGAGCUGGAUUGGGAUACGCCGCUUACCGCACCAUUACAGGAUCAGUGGCGGCAGAUAUCGAGCGAGAUAUCUACAUUCUACAAGGAAAUAAGCAGGCAAAUCAUCAGGAAACCCAACACUGCGCGAUUGGUCGUUUUUACAGAUGCUAGCCAAUGGGCAAUGGCAGCAUGCGCGUACCUCACGACGGAGGAAGAAUCCAACCUGAUAAUGGGAAAAUCAAAACUCCCAUCAAUAAAGACAGCGAUGACGAUACCGAAGCUGGAAAUGAACGCAGCAACGUUAGACUUGCGGCUAGCUUGGUUUAUCUGUAAAGAACUGGAAUCGAUCUAUCGCAUUAACGAGGUUAUAUGCUACACAGAUUCCGACAAAGUACUGGCAUGGAUAAAAGCACCUCCAACCCGACAGAGCGCAGGUGUCUUAGUGACUAAUCGACUGGCAGAAAUGAGACGGAUAAACAAGGAUCUGAAGAACCAAAACGUAACGUGUUUCUUUGGACACGUCACAACGUCAGAAAAUCCGGCCGAUUGCGGAUCAAGAGGACUGACAGCGGAAGCACUGCAGAAUCAUCAAUGGUGGAAAGGACCACACUUUAUAAACAAGCCAGACUAUACGAAGCUGACCACGAUCGCAGAAGAAGGAAAAACGACAUCAGCUCUAGUGGAGCUCUCUCGAGAAAGCCCAGAGAGUAUGCGUCUACGUGUUACGCUUUAUAGGGAAAUCGCUAAACCAUUUUACCGAAGAAAGAAAGGAAGCCAUUCAAAGGACCAUUCCGGCACUGAAAGUAAUCUCAAAGGCGCAGAACAUCACGGGAGCAGAGAUGCAUGA